AUGUUAACUGAUUUAGAUAAUUUAAACUUACCAGACGAUUUUAUUUAUGUCACAAAAAAUGGAAAAAAAUUUAAAAAAGCAUCAGGUGGAAUAGUUGUUAUUUAUAGAAAGAGUUUAGAAAAAGAGUUGAAUUUCUAUAAUACUGAGAGACAAUUUGUUUUAUGGUUUAAACUUUCGAAAUCAAUUUUGUCACUUAAUUCAGAUGUAAUUUUUGGUUGUGUUUAUGUACCACCUGAAAAUUCUAAGUAUUCUACUAUAGAAGCUUUUGAAGAAUUGGAAAAUGAAUUGAAUAUCCUUACAAACACUGAAAAUAGUUAUAUUGCCCUAGUCGGCGAUUUUAACUCAAAAACUGGGUCUUUACCCAAUUAUAUUAUACCUGAUGAGUCAGUUGUUAGUAUGUUUGAUUUAGAUUGUGAUGCUGAUAUAUUAGAUUAUUUGUAUGAUUAUGAGAAUCUGACUCGAAACAAAAUCACCUUACAAAGAGUGUCUCAGUGUACAUGUAGACCUAAUAAGUAUGGUCAUAGACUGUUAGAGUUGUGUAGAAAAAAUAAUUUAUGUAUUGCAAAUUCAAGAGUUGGAUCAGAUAAAGAUAUUGGACUUCAGGCCACAUUUAGUAAAUCAGAUUCAAUUGUUAUCAACAAUAGAAAUGAUAAAACUUUUGUCAGGUGGAAAAGUGAACAGAAAUCUGAAUACGUUGAUCGAAUUCACAAUGAUCCUGAAGGUAUUUUGACCACUGUUAUGAAUAAACUGGACGAAUUGUCCGUAAAUAAUGAUGCAACUCAAAAUGAUAUAAACAAUAUAGUUUUAGAUAUCAGCAAAAAUUUUAAAGAUGCGGCAGCAGAAACGUUUGGGAAGAGAGCUGCUGAUGAGUUGCGUAACAUUUCUAAAAAGGACACAAAAGCUCUAUGGAAAAUCCUUAAUAAUCUAAAUGAUAGUAAAAAAAAAGAUAACAAUGACGAUAUAUCUCUAAAAGCAUUGUAUGAUCAUUUUAAAAUACUAAAUGAAACUGUUGAGACAGAAAAUGAUUUCGAACAAGAUUUGGAAUUUAAUACUCUAUCAGACGAUGUUGAGUUAUUUUUAAACAGUCCAGUAACAGAAGAUGAAAUUAAAAAAGUUGUUUCAAACUUAAAAAAUGGCAAAGCUUCAGGUAGUGAUGAAAUUUUAAAUGAGUAUAUAAAGAAUACAAUUGACGAUUUAAUGCCAAUUUAUGUUAAGCUAUUCAAUUUGAUUUUAGAUACUGGAAUUGUUCCAGACAGUUGGUCUAAUGGAAUCAUGAUUACUAUAUUUAAAAAUAAAGGAUCAAGAUCUGAUCCCGAAAUGUACAGAGGAAUCACUUUGAAUUCAUGCUUUAGUAAAACUUUUUCUGCUAUGUUGAAUUACAGGUUAAAUAAUUAUGCAGAUCACGUAGACCUGAUUUCAAAGUCACAAGCAGGUUUUCGUAGAGGAUUCUCUACUGUUGACAAUAUAUUUAAUAUUGUAAAAAAUGGAAGCUUAAGAUUAACACAAGCAAAACCAAAGCAGUGA